GAGCUGCUGCUGCUGCAGAGCACCGCGGAGCAGCUGCGCCAGACGGCGCUGCAGCAGGAGGCGCGCAUCCGCGCCGACCAGGACACCAUCCGAGAGCUCACCGGCAAGCUGGGCCGCUGCGAGAGCGGCCUGCCGCGCGGCCUCCAGGACGCCGGACCCCGCCGCGACACCAUGGCCGACGGGGCCUGGGACUCGCCCGCGCUCAUCCUGGAGCUGGAGGACGCGGUGCGCGCCCUCCGGGACCGCAUAGACCGCAUCGAGCAGGAGCUCCCAGCCCACGUGAACCUCUCCGCCGCCCCAGCCCCCGCCCCCGUGGUGCCCACCGCCCUGCACUCCAAGAUGGACGAGCUGGAGGGGCAGCUGCUGGCCAAGGUGCUGGCGCUGGAGAAGGAACGUGUGGCCCUCAGUCACAGCAGCCACCGGCAGCGGCAGGAGGUGGAGAAGGAGCUGGACGCCCUGCAGGACCGCGUGGCUGAGCUGGAGCACGGGUCCUCGGCCUACAGCCCCCCGGACGCCUUCAAGAUCAGCAUCCCCAUCCGCAACAACUACAUGUAUGGGCGGGUGCGCAAGGCGCUGCCCGAGCUCUACGCGUUCACCGCCUGCAUGUGGCUGCGGUCCAAGUCGGGCGGCACCGGCCAGGGCACCCCCUUCUCCUACUCGGUGCCCGGGCAGGCCAACGAGAUCGUGCUGCUGGAGGCUGGCCACGAGCCCAUGGAGCUGCUGAUCAACGACAAGGUGGCCCAGCUGCCCCUGAGCCUGAAGGACAGCAGCUGGCACCACAUCUGCAUCGCCUGGACCACAAGGGAUGGCCUGUGGUCUGCCUACCAGGAUGGAGAGCUGCGAGGCUCUGGGGAGAACCUGGCGGCCUGGCACCCCAUCAAGCCCCAUGGGAUCCUCAUCCUGGGCCAGGAGCAGGACACCCUCGGGGGCCGAUUUGAUGCCACCCAGGCCUUCGUCGGGGACAUCACCCAGUUUAACCUGUGGGACCAUGCCCUGACACCCGCCCAGGUCCUGGGCAUUGCCAACUGUACUGGGCCGCUGCUGGGCAACGUCCUCCCCUGGGAGGACAAGCUGGUUGAGGCCUUCGGGGGUGCAACGAAGUCCUCCUUCGACGUGUGCAAGGGGCGAGCCAAGGCAUGAGGGGCCACCUCGCCUGCCACCUGGGGGACCCCGGGGCGGUCCUUCCCUCCUCAGCCUGCCCACACUCUGGCCUCCCUCCUGCCCCUCCUGGCCAUGUCUCCCGUCCCUCUCACCUGUAUACACACCUCCAGAAUCCCUGCCCUUCGAUGGGUCCCCUUGGCCUCCUGGGUGGGCACAAGCAUCUCAAGUCAACAGGCCAAGCCCGGGGACUCCAGGCCCCGCCCACCCUCCUGGCGUUACUCGGGGUGACCCGGCCUGCCCGCCCUCUCCCAUCGAACACACGGAUUCCACCAACCUCAGCAGCAUCCCCUCGGGUCGUGUAUGGCGGUGGCCUCAGUACCUUUGUCCCCCAGGCUGCAGAUGGCCCCUUUCUCUUGGGGCCGCAGCAGGAGGCGGAAGGGGCUGACACGGGCAUUGGAGAGCAGACUGCCUCUCCCUCCUCUCCCGCUGCCCAUGGAGGGCGGGGUCUGGAUGAGCUGCCAGCCCUUACCCCUCCUCCCUCCUGUGUGUGUGUGUGCAGUGGUGUGAAUGUCGGUCCCACGCCCAGGCUCACCGGCCUCAGUUUCCAGGACAUUCCCUGCCCAGCCCCACCUGCAGGGCUGGGGUCCCAUGGACCAGAGGCCACAGGACUAUGGUCACUUCUUGUGCCCAGGGCUUGGGCCACUUUCUCUGGUCUGGGAGCAGCUUAAAGCAGAAGCGUCAUGGCCCAGGACACUCCUUCUGCAUGGCCCUGGGGAGGGAGGAAGAUGCUGAGAGGGCCCUGCUGCUAACCUGCUGUGUGGUCUUCUAUAAGUGCCUGCCCUCUCUGGGCCGAGUUUUCUCUUUGUGAGUUGAGGCCCUUGGUUUGGCCAUUUCCGAGAGCUCCCCAGAUGGAUAGUGAGAUGACGCCCCCACCUGACCAGGUGGAUAGUGCAGAGAAAACCCGAGAACCCAGGGGCUUGGUAGGGGCAGGUCCUGGGACUGGGCAGCAGAUGGAUCAGGCUGGGCAUGUGUCUCCAAGGGUCAAGGUUCAGGGUAAGGUUCAAGACAGAACAGACUCACACAUGGAUCAUAAGUAUCAGCUCCUUCUGGGUCCUGCCAGCCUGGCACCCUUGUCUAAGAGUGUCACAAAGACCUUGAGUCCUCACCAGCUCCCCCAAGAGAGUGGAAGAAUGUCAGAGCUGAGAAAAGCCAUCCAGCCUCACCUCUUGCUGUGAGAAAUGGGGAAGAACUCAGAGAGGGCAAGUAUCUUGCACAGGAUCACACAGCACAAUGGGGGAGAGUCAGAACUAGAAUCCAGAGCCUUUGACUUCCUCUUCAGUGCUCCUCCCUCCACACCACACUUUCUUUGGGUCCAGUCCACACCUGAGAGGGUGGACAUUUGAGAGGGCAGGAUGCUUUCUAGCAUGCCACUGGAACGUCUCCCUUCAGGCAACACCCAGACAUCUUGGCACCCCAGGACGGGGAGCAUGACCCCUGGGCACUGUGGCAGAAGGGACAGCUAGGGAUGCACGUGUCCCUCCCAGGUGUCUGAGCAAUGGCACUGGUGCAUCUCACCCCACCUCUUUUUUCCUGCUCCGCUCCCCAUGGCCACUCAGCCUGAGCCAUGACACGAGAGCCACAGGGUGUGGGGCUCAGUGCCUGGAAGUGCGUCCAUGUCCUGGACUUGUGGCCUCCGCCCCCAGGUCCUGUUUCCAUUUUGAGAGCACAGACGAUUGCUCAGCACCUCGGUCCCAGGGCCCUGGAAGACAGCACUCGGGCUUCAGCCAGGACCACUGAGAUCUCGGUUGCCCCGGUAACAGCCAAUGAGAUCAGCCCAAGUGCUGGGUCAAGUGUCUCAUCGCGAUGACACGGGCUGUUGCUGGGGCAAUGGCAGGGUUCGGAACUUAGAUGCUGGGGACGUGACCUUGUUGGGUUUCUGCUACUAUUCUGAGACCUUAGAAGGAUCAGGCCUUGGGAGGGAGGUGACAGAAACUGCUUGGCCACUUGAGCCCACCCAGACACGUCAUCCCCAGUCCUUUAUGCUUUGUCACAGUGAGGACUCGACAUGGACGCCUGAGCUUCGUUCCUGUGCCAAUCGCCUUGGUCAGCCCCAAGAGGGAAGGGAACAAACUGGCGAUGUUGGGGUGUGCCUCUGAGUGUGUCUGCACCCCUCCCUCAUCUGUUCAGUCUUCUGCGGACACAGGGCACCUGCUCUUGGGACAGUCGGGUGACUUGAGCUGCUCCUGGACAUGUCCAAGAGACAGGGAGAAAGGGGCUGGGCCUGGCCACCCAGGAGGAUGGAGCUGGCCAUGUCGGGCUUCUUUAGGCACCUGGCGCUCGCUGAGCCCUGUGCACAGCACAGUCACAGGUUAGGACCCUCUUGGCCUCCAGUUCAGGGAGGUCCCUGGGGCUCAGAGGGCGAAGCGCCCUGCCCAUGUCCCUCGGCCUCCCAGGGGUGAAGUUCAGAUUUCCACCCACACACAGGGCCAGCCUCAGCCAGGGCCCGAGAACCCCAACCACACAGACGAGCUCAGGUGCACUGCUGCCGGUGCGGUUUGGCCUGAAGGGACGGCCACCUGGCUCAGAGGGACGGAGAGACAGGUGUUCCUGGAGGGACCUUCCCCAGGGCCAAGGUCCCUUUGGUGAGGCCGUGAGAAGGGUCCCCAGCCCUGAGGGAUCUUGACCUGGGGACCAGGCAGGGAGGGGACGCAUCUGCUUCUCUUCAGACUCCGCUGUGAGCCACGCCCUGGGCAGGUGCUCCACAGCUGCGCUCUGCCAGGUUUGCCCACCUUGAGGCAUGUGGCGGCACCCCUGCCAGAGUCCCUAGGGGACUACGCCCUUGCCACAGUCGUGCAUGACCCGGGACCACAGAUGGGGCCCGGAAGUUCUCGGAGGAGGACGCUGAGGCCUGGGGAGGGCGAGUGGCCCCCCAAAGCACCCUGCUGAGACUGGGGCGCUGUGAGCCCCGCUGGCAGGCCACGCCCCAUUCUCUCCAGGACCCAGGCCCCUUUCCACGCCUCCUAGGUGUCCCAGACCCUAGCCUGAGGGGACUGGGGAGGGGCCCUGCCAGAGAUGGGACCACUCUUCACCCCUGUUUUAGAUGCCUGCCACCCCGGACCCCACCCCGACACCCUGACCCUGGGAAGGGGCCGUGUGGCCCAGGCUGAGCAGCCGGCAAGCAUGUCACGUUGUCUGUGCAGUCAGUGCCCCCACUGCCCGCCCUCCGCGGCUGCCCUCGGGGUCCCCCUCCCUGUUUGUACACAGUGGCCUGCGAUGCACCGUGUGCGCGUGUGUGACCUGUGUCAUGGUUUUUGUUACUUUUUCGUUUUUGUAAAUUUGAAUGUUCAAAAUAAACUUUCGGUUUA